AUACCCACAUCCAUUUCGUUAUCCACUCUUCACUACUUCCUUUAAAAAACAUCAAAACAAACAUUCUUGAAAGAAAAAAAAAAGAUUGUUGCUUUAACGAAUUGGAACAAAAAUGGCAACAAUAACUGCAGGUAUAAGCCUUAGAGGACCAGUUGUGAGUAGUCACAGGACAUUUUCAGUGAACAAAGGGGCAUUACCAAAGUUGAAACUAAGCUCAGAGUUGAGUUUUGUAACUUCCCAAUUGAGUGGAAUCAAGAUUUCAAGCACCCAUUUGAGUUCUUCAGCUCCACUUUCUGUUCCUUUCAAGACCACCCUUCAACCUGUUGCACGUAGAAUUUGCCCCUUCACUGGCAAGAAGUCCAACAGAGCAAACAAGGUCUCUCAUUCAAACCACAAAACGAAGAAGUUGCAAUUCGUAAACCUUCAAUACAAGAGAAUUUGGUGGGAGGCAGGCAAGCGCUAUGUGAAACUGAGGUUGUCAACAAAGGCCAUAAAGACCAUUGAGAAAAAUGGACUUGAUGCUGUAGCCAAGAAGGCUGGAAUUGAUCUCAGCAAGAAGUAGAACCUGGAAGCAUAUUUUGUUUGCGUACUAAUUUUGAUGGACUCAAAAAUCGUACUUAAUAUUGUUUUCAUUGGUUGUUGAUUCAUAGUUAUAUGCUUUUAUGAUAGUACUUUCCAAGAAAA